AUGAAAGAAAAUUUUAUCACAAAUCAAGAAAAAGAAUCUUCCCCACCAAAUAUCCUGUUGGAUGUGAAAGAAAUACAAAAUAAAAGAACAGAGGAAAUAAAAGAGACUUCAACUUCAUUUACUUCCUCUUCCUUCUCCUCUACCUCCUCUACCUCCUCUUCGUCUUCCUCUACUUCUUACUCAUUCCCUUCCUCUUCAUUAGCAUCUUUUUAUUCUCCAACUACUAUCAACAAUUUAUCAAAUAUUCCUAAUCAGAAUUUUGAAGAAGGGUUAAAUGAAGAAAAUAAUAAUAUUUUGACCAGCAUUUUAGAUCCCCAAAUUAAUUUACCAACAAAUAAUAUCCAACAACAACCAAUACUCAAUUUAUUACUCAAUUUAUUAUCAACUAGUCAACACUCUUUUAAUCAUUCUUUAACAUUAAAUCCAUUAAUCCAACUUUUAAUUUCCUUAAAAGACAUGGAUACAAACAAUGCUUUAAUUAAUUUAUUGGAAAGAAUUGGGGAAGAAAAAGAUAAAAAAGAUGACAUUUUGUCCCAAAUAAUAUUUUAA